GUAUCAAGGAGCCUUUCUGCAGCCUCUUGUGUCACCAUUCGAUCCACAUACCUUGAGAAACUUGAGUCUUUUGAUUCGUUUCUGCAAGGAUUAUCCCAUCUGUUCCAGAGCAUCAUCCUAGGAUCUCAUCAAGUGGUAUCAGAGCAACUCUGGAAGGGAAGUGUUUGUUUUCUCUCUGAUUUUUGAUUUGAUCUCUUCAUAUUCUGUUGUGAUUUUGAUCGAUCUGUGUAUCUUGUGUAAGAAUCUGUCGAAUUAGGGUUGAUUAGAUCUUGUUUUGGGUAUUAGACUGUUCGGAUCCUUGUUGAUCAAAUUCUCUGAUUGUGUUGAUCUAAAUCUGUUUGUGUGAUUCCGAUCUGUUCUUAUUGUUUUAGAUCUGUUCUUACUUGAUCUAAAACUCAUCAUCUGUUAUCAUAUCAUCUCUGAUCUUGUGUUGUUUGAUCUCUUGAAACCUGAUCCGUGCAGUGCAAGUUUGAUUGAUUUCGUUUUUGUUAUUUUUCUUUUGAAAAAUCUGCUCUUGAAUCUGAAAUCAAAAUCUAUCUCUCUACUUUUGUGGUCUAGUUCGAAAAUCAAUCUGAUCUGUUAGGUUUGUUUUGGCAAUUUGAAUCUGUUUUGGGAUUUGUCGAUUGAAGUUUACUGAUCUGUUCUUGUUUGGGUUAUUAUAGAUCGAUUGUAUCUGUUGUUUCUGUCUGUUUUUGAUUAUCAAACUUUUUCUGAUUAUCAACCUGAUUGUGUUUGAAUUUUUAUUCUCGAUUUGAUCUGUUCUGAUUGUUGUCUAAAUCCAAUAAUUGUGAUCUGUUUUGUUAGAACUACUUACUGGCUUAAUCUUUCUCUUGUCUCAGGUACCAUGGCAGGAGAUCAAAAAGGAGAACUCAGUAAGAAAGAAAAGCUUUUUUUUGAAGAAUUCACAGCCAGUAUGGAUAAAGCCUGCAAAGAUCAAUUGAGAAAAUUUAGACAAGACAUACAGCAGCAAAGGAAAGGCAGAUCAUCCAGAGAUGAGUACAAGAAAAAGGAGUUUGAUCAGAUGGACAGAAACCGGAAGCAUGCUGGAUUGAAAUAUCAAAUUCCUUCUUUUCAUGGCAAGGCUGAUCCUGCUGCAUAUGUGGAAUGGGAAGAGAAGAUGGAGUUGAUUUUCGACUAUCAAAGCUAUGCUGAAGUAAAGAAGGUUCAAUUAGCUACUGCUGAGUUUUGUGGUUAUGCUUCAAGCUGGUGGAAGCAAUUGGUGUCGUCUAGAAGACACUAUGGAAAAGAACCUGUUGCAACCUGGCUUAAAUUAAGGGCUUUGAUGCGUCAUAAGUAUGUUCCAAGACAGUACCACAAGGAAGUGCUUCGAAAACAGUCUGAAACAAAGCCAUGCUCUGCAAACUCAGUCCAGGAACAACAAGGCAGGAUCAGAUCAAGAUCAACCGGUGUUAUUGGUUUACCUAGCAAGACAACGAGCUGGUUCUGUGAGGAGGACAUAAAGAAGCUGUCUCAAGUGAUUAUGGAUGUGGAGAAACAAUUCAGGGAGACCCACACUACACGUCCAUCCUCAGAAGAACAGAACCAGGAGUUAAUCACUUCAGUCUCAGAACUUAAUUCAGCAGAGCCGGUAUCAGCUACAUCUAUUCAAGGAGAUCAAGCCAAAGAAUCAUCAGCUGCCAUUCAGAAAGAUGAGCAGCCUGUUCAGAACGUCAUGGUUCCUUUCAAACAAGCCAUGGUACCAGAAGAGACACCCAGGGAACCACAGACAGCUUGCAAAAAGAGACAACUGAUUGUCUUUGACCCGUGUGAUUUCCAAAAGACAUUCUUGGGUAUUUUUCUGUCCAAUCCCUUUGUCUGGAACAAGACCAGAGCAGUAGAGCUUUCAAGACACGAACUGGGCAUGGAACAUGUUGUAUUUGAGCCUGGAGGAGAGUUGUGGAAUCACAGGAACAAUCCCAUAGUGAUUGAGAAGAAAUCGGCGGCAACAACAAUUGUUUUUGGUGAUCUUUUACCCUCUGAAGCUAAAGGGAUGCACGUCUCAGCUCAGCAAGAUUUUCACUACGAAACCAAUUGGAGAAUGUUACCCACUCUUUCCUGGAUCCAACAAACCGGAAAACGCGGCAAAUGGCCACCUGAUCAUCAAGAUAUUGUCAAUUCCGCAAAACAUAUCGGUUUAGCCAAAUUCUGUGAGCUGCUUAUAUCAGAUUGGGCUGGAAGGUUACAGAUCUACUUGUGGAAACCUGGAGCAUAUGACAGCACACUUAUCAUCCUUGGAGAGUGCUCUGCUCGUGCUAGAACCAGCUUGGGUAAUAAGGAGUUGGAAGCUGAUCAAAAUGCCUUGCUUCCUGAUCAUGUCAAGGUGUGGAAGCCACCAGAUUUGCAGAAGCUUCAAUACCAUUUCAGAGAUUGUCAAAUCAAGAGUGGAGAUGGAGAUUUCAUUAGAGUAAAUAGUGAAGUGAUUACUGGAGUAGGAGGAAAACUCAUGUUUUCUUCUCAAAUCAAGGAGAAACCACCAGAUGGACUCAGUCUACAUCAAUCUCCAAAUAAAUCAGCCCGAGGUCAAACAGUUUUGAGUGCUAUACUUUUCGAAAGGAGAGGCUAUAGUAAUGAUCAGAGUAUCAAGAAUGGAUCCUUGGCUAAAUUGAAGAUGCAACAAUCAAAUCUUGGAAGCUGUCUAGCCGCCAACUCUGACAUAGGAGCAGUCCGAGGAUCAUAUCUCAGCAACCAGAAGGAAUUAAGCAACAAACUCAACUGCAGUGGAAACUACACUCAUCAGGGUCUCAUGUCGAACUGGAAUCAUGUCCAAAGCUUCUCAAAUGAAAGAGUUAUGGGCUCUACAAGACGGGUGAUUCUGUGUUUGCUUUGUCUGAAUUUUUCUGAGUUUAGAACAUCUCAAUCCUAUCUAUGGCGACCAGAGUCAUGUGCAGAUUAUAUGGAAGCUUUGAAGCAUACCAAGGGAAAGAACAAGCGUGAGGAAGACAAACGUUUCAAGCCGCCUGAUCUAAACCAGGAGAGACAUCAGGACAUCACUUGCUUCAUCCUCAUCAAAGAAGCACCUCCAGAUGCAGCAUACAAGCCAAAACCGAUAAAAUACAACUUUGGGAUAAGACUCUUACUCUAUGAUGUUUUUGCUUGUGUUCACUUAUCUUGUUUCAAUGUAUCAUGUUUAAGUAAUGCCUCAGGAGUAAGGAGAGCCAAAUGGAUCAGUCCCUUCUAUAUAAUAGAACCAGUCAGCGACAAUGCCUAUCAAAGAGGCUUGCAAGGUAAGUGUAAUCUGAUUAUAAACUCUGAUGUUACUGACUUGGUCCCUUCUAUUGCAGGUAACACAGAUUUGAGGACAAAUCUUUUUGAAGUGGGAGGGGAUGAUGUGAUCAUGGAAAGCACCAAGGACUGGAAGCAUGAACCUGAACCUGAAGAGCUUGUAGCUGAGGAUGCAACCUUGAAGAACAUUUGGAAACAAGAAGAAUACAUUAGUCUUGGCCGAAGCUUGAUCAUCCAAGACACCUUAACCAUCAUUCAAGCUACUCCACCCUCAAGCUGAUCAUCA